AUGGAUGCCCUGGAACGAGACGCACCUCUCUGCGCAAGGUGCCGCACCAUUGACUUCGAUGCUAUCUUCCAACUCAGAAAAGAUGUCCGAGAUGCAAGACUAGAAGGUCUACCAAUAAUAUCACUGGGUAGUAUCAUUUCAGACCCAAACACGCCAUGUCUAAUGUGCGAUCUCUUCGACGAAGUCAAGUUCGACCUCGACGUAUCAGCUCGCCAAUCAGCAUGGGAUACCAGCCAAUAUCAUUUACGUGCUUUUAGCAGCCUCAUAAAAGAAGUAGGAGUUACGACAGAAAUGCCAACAGAACCUAAGCGGCGAGAUAUUAUCAAGCAAAUUCGCAGGGGGGAUGAGUAUAUGAGUGACGAGUCAAACAGUGUGUUUCUCGCGGUAUUUCCGGGAAGCGGUGAUGAUGUUUUCGUCACCAGUGAAAUCAGAAUCCAUGAUAUCUGCAGCCAUCUGGAACAAAGUGUCAUUAUGCCGGUGGAGGGGUCUGAUGUUGCCAACUUACGGACUCACGGGGUCCGAGUGUCACCGAGUCAGAUCAAUUACACUCGUCUGAAAAAGUGGAUGGAUAGCUGCCAGAGUCAUCAUGGGCCUCGAUGUACUUGCUCACCUACUCCUCCGCCUUUUGUACUAAAGGUGAUCGAUUGCCAGUCCCGGCAAAUUGUCCCACUUCACCCAGGUUGGGAGUAUUUCGCGCUCAGCUACGUAUGGGGACCACUGUCCGCGGAGGAAUCAGUUGUCCGAAUACAAAGGUCUGAGGCUGUGCUUCCGGAUAAAGUGCACGGUACUAUCAAAGAUGCCAUCAGAGUCGUCAACAACCUGGGAGGUAGAUAUCUCUGGGUCGACAAAUACUGCAUUGACCAGGACAACGCACAAGAAAAGCACGAUCAAAUAUCUCGCAUGGAUCUGAUAUAUUCUGGCGCUUACGCUACUAUAAUCGCUGCUGGUUCUGAUAUAUCGAUUUCUGGGUUACCCGGCGUUGGUGCUGUUCCACGACGGCGCCAACCACAAGCAACCUCACCAACAGCCUCUGGGAGGGAUUUGAGGCUGGUAUCUACACUGCCUUCUAUACGACGUGCUCUAGCCUCUAGUCCAUGGAUAUCUCGUGGCUGGACCUUUCAGGAAGUUUACUAUAUGUGCGGAGAGACUACAAAUUGCGAGUCGACCGUGCUCUCCCCUGUUGAAUUGUCACACAUGGCCACAGCCCAAACAGCCACAAAGCCUGCCCGCGACGACAUCCUCGAUUCUUCUCGGUUCACCUAUCAAAUACCCCUACAUCCAGCAUACUAUUCCAGUAGGCCAUAUCGACCAUGGGCCUUCCGUACACACCUAUCAAGCUACUCAAGUCGAAGCCUCUCCUACAACUCCGAUGCUAUCAACGCCUUUCGAGGCAUCCUCGCUCGCUCCGAUCAUCCAACCUUCUACGGUAUUCCGUUCUUGUUUGGCGGAGAGACUUCCUAUACUCUAGCGCGCGAUCCGAAUUUCCGUUUCGUCUGUGCAUUGUCCUGGGAACCUAUUUACCAACCUCCUUGCAUAGAUAAUAGUAGUAAAAAUGGCGAAGAUGGACACUUAAUACGGAGAAAAGAAUUCCCCAGCUGGUCCUGGGCAGGCUGGAUAGGUCAGGUCUCAUAUCACUACUUUCUUUGGGACAGGAGAUUUGGCUGUGCAGAGGAGGAUCUUCUCCCACAGGAACUGGAUGGGCAUCAGUCUGUUCGCAUAUGGAUUUGCUUCAACCUUCGUGAGAAUAUUGACAAUAUCUCCGUAUGGGAUAUCUCAAUAGAGGAAUUCUUCGCCAACCACAACAGCGCUCUUUGGGGGAAUAUUAUGCCUGAAAUCUCGCCCUUUCUCCAGAUUGAAUGCACCGUCCUCCAUUGCCUCCAGAUAAAGGCUUUGAGUAUUCCUUCUGGGACUACUUCUGUUCCCGCAGUCAGAAUUGUUAUAGGGGAUGGGUAUUCCCGUGCUCCGGUGCUGUUCUGCGGACCACCUCCUUGUUCAAACGAGGAUGGGGUGAUAGAGAAGGAAUAUUCGGGGCUGGUGCUCUUCGAAAGAAAUCAUAGCAUUGUUCUAUGCACGCCGUGGGAUCAUAUCGGGAUUUUUGUUCUUUUUGUGAAGGAAGUUCAGGGUGGGAGGAAGGGGCACCAUGAGCGUGUGGGAUCUGCAUGGCUGGAUCGAGCGGAGUUAGAAAAGCUGGGUGGUGAUGGUAAUACGAAGAUGAGGAGAGAGACGAUUUCAUUAUCUUGACCAUGUUCAAUUUAUGUACUUUGGUCAUCAGUGGACCUGUCAACAAGAAGCAAAGCAUAUACCGGACACCAGAGUCGAAGACGCCACAUACAUAGAAUGGCAGUAUUUUCUCUGACGCUAUUGG